UCGGCAGCGGGCGGGAAAUAUGCGGAGCGCAGCCAGUCAGGGGAGAAGGACUUGGGCAGCCAGCACGUCUACGUGGCAGCGGAGUUCCUGGACACCUUGGGCCGAGCCGAGAAUCUACCGACACACCUGAAGGAGGACAUGGGCAAGCUCAGCAUGAUCGUGGACGUGAUCCCGUUCAACGAGAUCGCCGACCUCGUGAGGCUCAUGAGGGUACACAUCACGCUCAACCCGCUCGGCCUCAACCCGUUCGACAGCCACGCGGAGGACGAGAACAACAGGAUCAGGGCGGGCAACACCGAGAGCCCGAUCAAGCUGGAACCGCUCAGCAUCCCUCAGAUCAGGGACAUGAUAUACGGGGCGACGCAGGCAAUGGGGGGCGCGGCGACCGUAG